GGUCCUGUCAGGAGGCUGCCCUGGCCCGUUGAUAGCCCUGCCCAGCUGACCGCGAUCAGCUGUUGAUACAGGAGGACGGUGGACAAGCUUGUGUUUGUGACGGUUUCCAACAUCUCAUUGUACAUUACAAAGAGAAUUUACCCUUCGGAACCCGCCCAAAACCGAGGCGAACAGAGGGCGUCACUCCGCGGAGUCGUCGUUCACACCGUUCUUCGAAAUGAAACCCUCAACCGCCGCCAUUGGUGCGGCAACCGUACCGGGAGUCCUGGCAUGGGGUGGCUUCGGACACAUCAGCGUGGCCUACAUAGCGAGCAACUUCGUCUCGCCAGCCACCACCGACUACCUCCAAUCCCUCCUGCGCAACGACACGGGUGACUACCUCGCGGGCGUCGCGACGUGGGCCGACUCGAUCCGGUACACCAAAUGGGGCCGCUUCACGUCCGACUUCCACUUCAUCGACGCCAAGGACGACCCGCCGCGGUACUGCGGCGUCGACUUUGAGCGCGACUGCAAGAAGGACCGGGGCUGCGUGGUGAGCGCGCUGCAGAACUACACGUCGCGCAUGCUGGACGCGGACCUGCGCGAGUCGGAGCGCGCCAUCGCCGCCAAGUUCGUCGUCCACUUUGUCGGCGACAUCCAUCAGCCGCUGCACACCGAGAACGUCGCCCGCGGCGGCAACGGCAUCCCCGUGCUCUUCGACGGCCGCCGCUUCAACCUGCACCACGUCUGGGACACGAGCAUCGUCGAGAAGCUGGUCGGCGGCGGCGUGAGGCGGAAGCCGUAUCCCGCCGCCAAGCGGUGGGCGGACGAGCUGACCAGGGAGAUCAACGAGGGCAAGUAUGCCUCUGAGAGGAUCAGCUGGUUGAGGUCGGCGAACUUGUCGGAUCCGAUCGCCACGGCCUUGGCCUGGGCCACCGAGGCGAAUUCCUACGUCUGCACCACAGUCUUGCCCGACGGCCCGGACGCCAUCAAGGACCAAGAGCUUGGUUCUGACUACUACGAGGCCGCUGCGCCGGUGAUCGAGGUGCAGGUAGCGAGGGCGGGAUAUCGCUUGGCUGCGUGGCUGGAUCUGAUCGUCACUAGCCUGAAGACCGCGUCAGGUUCGGAAGACCUUUAAGCAGCUGUUCCAUCUGUGAGACGUCAGAAGAACCCUAGUAUCAUAGCCGAUACUCCCGCGGAACGACAGGUGAGCGGCGCAUCUAUGCUCCCUCCACGGAAUAUGGUGUUUUAGUGGGCUUUCCUAGGAAAAGAUAUUCCUCGUGGCACC